CUAGCACGUCCCUCUGCGGCGCCGGAAAUCGGUGUGCGCCUCACCCGGGAUGCUCGCCUGAUUCCUGGAGGCUGUAUUCUGGGCGACCCCACUGCCAUGGCUUCCGACGAAGAUGAACUGAAUCUUCUAGUUAUCAUAGUCGAUACCAACCCGAUUUGGUGGGGAAAGCAAGCAUUGAAGGGAUCUCAGUUUACAUUAUCAAAAUGCAUGGAUGCAGUCCUGGUGCUGGGGAAUUCUCACCUGUUCAUGAACCGUUCCAACAAGCUCGCGGUGAUAGCCAGUCACAUUCAGGAAAGUCGGUUCCUGUAUCCUGGAAAGGACGGCCGACUUGGAGACUUCUUCGGGGACCCUGGCAAGACUCCUGAGUUUACACCCUCAGGGAGUAAAGACGGGAAGUAUGAGUUGUUAACAGCAGCAAAUGAAGUCAUUGUCGAAGAGAUUAAAGAUCUGAUGACCAAGAGUGACAUAAAGGGCCAGCACACAGAAACUCUGCUGGCAGGGUCCCUGGCCAAGGCUCUGUGCUAUAUUCAUAGAAUGAGCAAGGAGGUUAAAGAUAAUCAGGAAAUGAAGUCAAGGAUAUUGGUGAUCAAGGCGGCGGAGGACAGCGCGCUGCAGUACAUGAACUUCAUGAACGUCAUCUUCGCGGCACAGAAACAGAAUAUUCUGAUUGAUGCCUGUGUGUUGGACUCUGAUUCCGGACUCCUCCAGCAGGCGUGUGACAUCACAGGGGGAAUGUACCUGAAGGUGCCGCAGAUGCCCUCCCUUCUGCAGUUCUUACUGUGGGUUUUUCUUCCUGAUCAGGACCAGAGACCUCAGCUGACCCUCCCACCCCCCGCGCACGUCGACUACCGGGCUGCGUGCUUCUGUCACCGAAACCUCAUUGAGAUCGGCUACGUCUGUUCAGUGUGCUUGUCAAUAUUCUGCAAUUUCAGCCCAAUCUGCACCACCUGCGAGACUGCCUUCAAGAUCUCGCUGCCUCCUGUUCUGAAGGCCAAGAAGAAGAAACUGAAAGUGUCCGCUUGAUAAAACCGCCCGUCCUGUAGACGCCGUGCGGGGAGGCUGUGGGGGGCUCCGGGAACCGGCGGGUGUGUCUCGGACCGCUCAGCGCAGCGUCUCCCGGACACAGGUCUGGAGAGCCGUUCCUCAUGCUGUGCUUCUGGGGCUGGUUUUUGGGAGGGAGCCCUUCUCUGCAGUCUGUGCCCCCCAACAUGUUUUUAGACCUAUUUUGGUCCAGAAAGGGGAGAAAGGACACAUUUAUGACUUUCUUAUUGGGAUGAUCAUUUGUUACAUCAGUCUGCCCUGACUGACUAUAGGCUUUAGAAGUUACUGCCCAGGUCUAGGUUCUUACUGUGAAACGGUACGUGGAAAAUUCAAGUGUUAGAAAAAGUGCAGUCAUGGCAUUGGUCAGUAGGGGGCGCUUUAGUUGAAUCAGCUGUUAACUGUAGCAGUAGUCAUGUAGCUAAAACCCUGACCGACCCCAUUGAGAUGCGGCUUUGGAUAUUAGCGGUUCUUUAUUCUGUUGAGUGACAUUAGGACGUGUUUGGAUAAAGAUAGCCAAGUAAUAAUGAUGGUUUCUCACCGAUUUCCUACAAAGUCCGACUUUAAAUGAGCGAGGCAAGUGAGUGCAGGAGUCCAGCAGUGACCUUUUCUUCGAAAGCAGUUGUGUGAAGAGCUCGCCCUGGAAAGCUAGGGUCUGGUUGUGAGUGUGUAAGUUCUCGGGGAGGGGUGUGUGUGUGUGGUGGGGCGGGGAGGCGGAACGGAGCCUUUAUAAUUAAGUGCUGCCCGCAGACUGAAUCCUGUGCUUUUUAAUGGAGGAAAAGACAAAAAUCGUUGGUAGUGGAGAACUGUCCUUCAGAUGCUCUGGACUUAAUACUGGAAACUCCCAGAAGUUCAAAAGAUAAAUUAUUUGUAAUUUUAACAAUAAAGACUAUUUUUCUAUGUAACCUUGAAGUUGUUAAAAGUCCUUUGAUAGCAUAGGAAGGAUUUUCAGGAACAGUGGCUGGUUUGGUUUGUUUUUAAAAGUAUGUUUGCAAAUUGUGUAUCCAAUUUUGUAUAUGAAUAAGAUUUAAAUUUUCGCUUUAUACCAUCUCAGCAGUUGAGUCUCAUUUAAGUAACUUGGUGGUCUUUGGUUAGACGAUUUCAGGUGGUAAAUGAACAAAAAUUUGGUGAUAAGUUUGCAAGUACUUGUUAAUUCUUAAGUAUGAAAAUAUAUCCUUUCAAAAAUAAUAUGUAAUAUUUUAGAGCCUAAUUCAGUGUCAUGGAAAUCACUCUCAAGUCCAGGAGAGAGAGCAGCGCGUAUGUAAAAGACGGAUAAGUUCAAGCAAGUUGACGAGGUUUUUGUUUUCAUUCGUUGGAACUGUUUUAUAUACUGGCUUAGUUCUGCUUGUUUUAUGUUUGUGUUGUGCUUAUGGUUUAUUUUAUAUGCAUUUUUAUAAUAAAAUAAUUUAAA